AUGUCGCCGGAAGGUGCAAUGGACGUUUCAGAGAAUAUCGAAGUGAGGUGGGUGCAGGGGUUCACCAACAGCAAAGUUGCAUUUGUGGAUGAAAAAACAGCCUGUUACUGCUGUGGAAAUUACAUCAUCUUCCUCGAUGUGGAGACAAAAACGAGAAAAGUGCUUCAGAGCCCUGGUCAUGGCAUCGGGGCCUUCACAGCAAAUGGAUUUUGUAAAACUCUUGCUUUUUCUGAGCAGAAACAUUUUCCAUCAGUUUUCGUGUACAGAUAUCCUGAGCUUAGUCUGAGAUGUGAGCUUAAAGGCGCAGCUAAACUGGCUUACACAGCCCUCGCACUGAGUGACACUGCUCCAUAUUUAGCUAGCUGCUCAUCUUUACCUGAUUACACCAUCACAGUAUGUGUUAUUGCUCUCCCUGCCAUCGAUGGCUCUGUAGUUGAGCAGGAGGUCGACGCUUCUUACAUCCCCACUGGGAAACUGACAUACUCUGGCCCUCAGAUGCCCCCUUCAGCUAUUGCAGGGCUGAUUGGUGACAGAGCAGAUAACAUUCUGCAAGUGAAGCCUCGACUCUGCCCAAGUGCCAUCUGCUGGUCAAUUUCCUCAGAUCUAUAUGUUGGGACUAAAGAAGGCUUCCUGCUGCUAGUAAACACUGAAAGUCUCCUUGUCUCUAUCCUGUACAACCCUCAUAUUAAGCAAAGCCCCUCAGAUGGCAGUGAGAGCCUGCUGAUUCAGGAAGGCACUGUUCAGACCUUGGCACUACACAGUAAAGGAGUAUUCGCUACAGGACCUGAUGGUGUUUUGAAAACCCUUCAGAUUAAAGGGAACCAAGUGGAAGUAGUGGAAACAUUGACUUUAGUGGAACCGGUCUCAAGUUUGUGCUUUUCUCCUGAUUAUGAAACAUUGCUUCUGUCCUCAACCGCUGGACGUAUUUACAAGUACAAUCCAGGGCUUAAAAAUGACGUCGUCAAAGUUCUGGAUGUGUUGUGUGGAGACUUUAUCGCUGCAGCUCCAGUAUACGCUGAAAAGAACCUCUGUGUGUCACUCAGAGAGUCUGGGGAGCUGCAGCUGUGGUCACUGGAGGAUGGAGAUUGCAUUGCAUCCAUCUCUCUACACACUAAUGUGACCUGCUUGGCAUGUUGCCCAAUAGCGCAGUACGUUGCUGUGGGAGCAGUAACAGGCCAUGUCCUGUUCGUAGAUCUGACUAGAGCACAGAAACCUCGACUGGUUCACACUGUCCAUCUGUACCAUGUGCCUGUAGAGCAUUUAGUUUUCGAUCAAGGGGCAAAUUUCUUGAUUACAGGAGCAUUCGAUUCACACAUAUUUUUGCUGGAUGCAAGACCAUCUAAUGCAUUUGAGAUUAUUGGAUACACUGAUGCUCUGGGUGCCACUGUGAGUCUGUCCACCCAGUACCAGAAAGAAAGCAAGCAGGUGGAUGUACUGGUGCUCUGUAAUAGUGAGAAGAACAGGACAGAUAAGGAACAUAAAGAAGGGAAUCUGCUCAUGUUGCUGUCAGUGUCUACACAACAGCUCUCUGAGACAGCAAAGUGUGUGGACCCCCGUGGCCUACUGGGAGAACACGUUAUCCAAACGUGUGUGUAUGAGAUCCUACACUCUCUUUCCUCAUGUGUUCUGGAUACCAAAACAAUCUUUGGUUAUUGUCACGAGAAGAAAGUUCUGCAAAGAUUCCAACUACCACAGAGUGUGGAAACAUUGUCCAGUAACCAGAAAGUGGUUAGACUGAGUCCAGAGAAGGAGGUAGAGGGUCAUCCUCUUGGCCCUGCAUCAUUGUAUCUCUCUCCUCAUCAGAGCUGGCUGGCAUCUGUCAGCAGAGACGGGCUGCUUCUCAUCCAUGACAUCACCACUCUGGAGAAGUAUGUGCAAAAGCAGUGCCACUCUUGGUGGUUGGGAGGAAUUCGCUCUCUGUCUUUCACCCCUGACAGUCAAACUUUUAUCACGACCGGCUUCCGAGAUGGCUCUCUGGUCUGCAGCAGGCUCAGGUUAAAGAUAGCUGCAGCUGCCCAGGAUGACCUGUCUAUGGUGGCCUCCUUUGAAGAUAAAAUGUCCCAAGAGAACCCCAUCCUCAGUGACAUGGCUGACUGGGAACUGCCAUCGCAGACAACAGUGGGAUUUGCAUCAUCACAUACAGCAGAGGUCAGUGGCAGGGGCCAAGGAACAGACAAGAAUGAGGGUUAUAACAGUCUGCCUUCUCCAACUCCAUACAAUUCCACAUGGCUGGAUAAUAAACUAAAUACUAUACUCAAAGAAGAGAGCCAGCAGUUUGCAGAGACCAGGAGGAGUCUGAAGAAGAGUGUAGAAGAACUUCGGGAUACAAUCCAGGCUAUGAUGCAAGAGAAUGAGAAGCUGCCAGACAUGGAGAAGCUGGAGCAGCUGGAGUUUAACUUGGACACGGAGGAGCAGCAGAGACUACAAGCCAAGGGAGAGCAGGAGGUUACCAAGGUGAGAAAAGAGAUUGAGCUUGAGAACCUGGCAAAAUGUUAUCUGCAUGACAUUCUCAAGAAAAAGUACUGGGACUCCAUGACUGUGAAAGGAAAGGCCAUUAAGGCCUUCCACUCAGGCUAUGAAGUGGAUAACUUUCCCAUGAAGGAACGCACAGCAAAGGAACUAGAAGAGCUUCACAGGGUAGAGGCCAUCCAAAAGGUUGAACAGGCUGACACUAGUUCGCAGCAAGACAUUUUGGAGAACAGCAAGACACCAUUAAAGAAAGAUAAAGACAGGGAGGGAAAAGGGCAUGAGGUAGAGAGCGCAGCUUUAACAGGUAGUCUGAGUGCUCAGUAUGGAGGCUCCAACCCUCACUUAUACAACCAGUUCAGUCUGCAUACAAGAGCCCAAAAGAUGAACCAGAUCAUCCUGAUACAGGAUGUUAUUUACAAAGUGAAAACAGCUUUUAACAACGAAUUUGAGGCUGUAUACAAGCAGAAAGAGCAAGAGAUCAGCCGCAUAAGAGACAAGAACAAGCGCAUUACAGAGAUUAUGAGUAAGCUGGGGCUGCAGGAGACCCUGUGGGAGCCCGAUCUGGCCGACAACGAGAGACCAGAGAGAGCUCUCACUGUCAGUGACUCUGAGAUUAAGGUUGAGAAAUACCUGACACAUGAGCAGAGGCAGAGAGAGGAGGAGCAGAGAAAGGAAGAGGAGCGGAGAAAGCUUGGAGCAAAGGAGGACAACAUCAGAGAGCAAGCUUUGGAUGAUAUGAUGGGUGGAGUACUUGAGGUCAAAAAAGAGGACCUCCUGAAAAUGGAAGUGCCACCACCAGAGUUUAUAGUUAAACCUGAGCUCCAGUGGACAGAGGAGGAAAGAAGAAGCUACAAAGAGCAUGAGAGAAAAGUAAAGGAGCUCAGUGAAGAACAGGAGAAAUAUAGAAAGACCCUGGAGGCGGAGAUGAAGAAACUGCAGGCGUCCAUUAAAGAUGCCGCCCAGGCCUUCGAUGAAACACUGAGCAAGCUGUUUGAAAGGAAAGUGAAAUCAGAAAUGGUUUUAUACCAGGAGGAGUUAAAGAUCGCCAACCUGUUCCAUUCUUUACUAAUUGAGGAAGCAAUACUGAACAGAGAGGAAGAGCUGAACUACAGACUGGAGAAGGCACAAACUGUUAAGAAUCAAACUGGGAAAAUUUUGAAUAAUCACAGGAAGGAUGUAGAGGCUUUUCGAGAGACGUAUGAUAAUACAGUAGCAGAAGAUAAACUUCUUGACAGUGGAUUUCGCAAAGAGUUUUUUGAUGUCCCUGGACACAUUGUUGACCAGCUGUACAAGCUUUACAAACGCAGACCCAGAAUCCAGAUUAUAAGGACCCAGACAGGCAAGACAGGCUCGUUUAAGGACUCUCUUAUGAUGAGUCGAGCAGCAGCAGAAGGACUCUCGCAGAUUAUGAAGGCCAUGGAGGAGUUAGAUGCACCACAGAACAUGCCAGAGGGUCUGGACCCAGCCAUGUGGGAGAGAUUCUGUUUGGCCAGGAGGACCAAAGUGGAGAGUGAGCAGAAGGUAAAAAUGAAGGCACUGACAUUAGCAGAAAUGCAGACAUUUCUACAGAAGAGGACAGACGAAGUGGAGAAUGCACAAAUGGAAAUCAAGAACCUUGUUGAUCAUCUUAAUUACCUCCGAGAAGAGAAGAAGAGGUUCUGCCUCAACGUUAUGGUACAGAUCCUGUUAAAACAAGGCCAGGUUGAGGUGGAGACUGGAGACUUUACUGCAGACUAUUCAGACUCUUUGUUGCUCCACCGCAGUGUUGUGGAGGACCUGAACAAAACCAUUAGGGUUUUAGGAGAGCAGAAGAUCGCCAUCAUGGUGGAGUGCAAAGACUUUCAUAAAGGAAUUAUUCAGCAGGAAUGGGAGCAUAAGAGGAUGAGUAGACAGAUUGAAGAUCUCAAAAACAAAGUCAGAGAUAUUCAGAUGCUGCAUGUGUCUCAGGAGCUCCAAGAGUACUUGACAGAGACAGACCAUGACAACAGAAUGUCCAACAAGGUGUUUGCUCUGGAGAAGACAAUAACGUUAGAAGAGAAGACUUAUAUGAAGAAUGUACAGAGCUGUAAGAAGCUGAUAAAGGGUCUGAACAGACAAAUUGAGGUGAAGAAUGGGAAUAAUGCAGCUUUAGAUCUGCAGUUGACCAACAUGCAAGUAACUGUCGCAGAAGGAAGUAAUAUCUAUGAGACCACAGCAAUAGAGGAGAAUCAAGAGUAUGAAGCUAAGCAACGCUAUCAAAAUAUCCUGAAGAGGAAGAAUCUUGUGGACUUGGCCAAAGCACAGGAUAUGGACUUAGUCAUACUGAGCGCUGAGUUGGAACGCAUGCGAAUGAAGACAUUUCCUGCUCUUUCUCAAUAGAAACAUAUCCGGUACAGAACUUUGAACACAAAAUCCUGUUCAACACUAUUCACAUUUAUAUUUAAAUCCAUGAGAAAGGCACUUAAAAAUUCAAACAUGAAAUGAGCAAAAUGUGUAACAAAGUGUAAAAAUGUAGGAUAAAUCUGUUGCAGGUUACCCUGGUUUGUCUCUUUGGUUCCAUAUGUAAUCUUAUAAAGCUAUUUUUUAGAAAGAAAGCACAACUUUAUUCAUCACACACUUGUGAAAUUCGUCUCUGCAUUUAACCCAUCUGAAGCAGUGAACACACACAUGCGAGCAAUGAGCACACACACAUACCCAGAGCAGUGGGAAGCCAUGCUAACAGCGCCUGGGGAGCAGUUUGGGGUUAGGUGCCUCGCUCAAGGGCACCUCAGCCCAAGGCCGUCCCAUAUUAACCUAACCUGCAUGUCUUUGGACUGUGGGGGAAACCGGAGCACCCAGAGGAAACCCACACAGACACGGGGAGAACAUCCAAAGUCCACACAGAGAGGCUCCCGCCGGCCACUGGGCUCGAACCCAGAACCUUCUUGCUGUGAGGCAACAGUGCUAACCACUUACGGUACACCACCGUGCUGCCCAAAGCUAGUUUGAGACAUGUUAUAGUUAAAUAAUCGAAUACAGGGUGGUGUGAUGCUUUACAUUUUUUAAUCAAAUAACUUGUUGCUGUGGGAUAAGAGGAAUAAAACAAUUAAGACCAUGUUGUUAUAGGAAAAUAAUCAACUUCAGGGUAGUAACAAUCACACAAUCAGACCACUCGAUCACUUAUUGUCUUAUAGCAGGGUUGUAGAGUCGUGACCAGUACUUGGAGAAGCAGACAUUAGAACUAACACCAUUUUCAAUGAUGAUAAUAGCAUAAUUACAGUAUCACAUAAACCUAAUCCGAGAUUUAUUUUACGCACAUACAUCGUCAAGAGUCAAAAAGUGACUGGAUUUAAAUAGUGAGCCAUAGACCAGUUUGCCCUGCAUUGUCUUAAUGCUGAUACUAUUGUAUUUAAAGUUCAUUAAACUCUUUUCUCUUCUGCUAAA